CAUUGCCAGUCAUGGUGGAUAGGACACUUUGUACAUGGAGGUUUUUGAUUGUACUGGCUAAAUAAUAACCCUGAACAGGAGUUAAGGAUUUCACAUAUUAUUAUUGAUAUCUUCUCGGUGUUUUUUAUAUUCUUGCCUGGUUUGAUCUAUAUUACACUUCUUUCACGUAUCGGGCCGUAAGAAACCUGGUGUUUAUCGCACAGAUGUGGAUCUUGUAGCUGCUCCGGAAUUCAUCACAAGACCAUCAUCAUCUUCAUCACCAAAUUUUUUCCAGGGGGGUUUGGAUAUCGGAAAAGACACCUGUCGGAUGACAUGCACCCUGAGCAGACCAUGAUCUGAAGGCCCUACCAGGAGGCCACAUACUUUCUUUCUUCCUUCCCUCCUUCCUGUUUUUAUCAGUGGAGGAAGACGGGUGAGCCCAGCUGCCUCCGACAGGUGGCAUACGGAGAGAGAGAGAGAGAGAGAGAGAGAGAGAGAGAGAGAGACUCUCUCACACACACAUCUUCAUACACAGAGGCGACUAGUCGCUGUUUGUGCUCCUGUAACUGCCUCAAGAAAUUUUGACCUCUGACCUCACCACACCCCCAACCUUGCCCCCACCCCUGCUCAGCCAAUCACAGCAGCCAUGGGGAGGAAAAAGAUCCAGAUUCAGCGAAUUACAGACGAGCGUAACAGACAGGUGACCUUCACCAAACGGAAGUUUGGUCUGAUGAAGAAAGCCUACGAGCUCAGUGUGUUGUGUGACUGUGAGAUUGCCCUCAUUAUUUUCAAUCACUCAAACAAGCUCUUCCAGUAUGCCAGCACCGACAUGGACAAAGUGCUCCUCAAAUACACUGAGUACAAUGAGCCGCACGAAAGCAGGACCAACGCAGACAUCAUUGAGGCUCUGAACAAGAAAGAGCACCGGGAUUCGGAGAGCCCAGACCCCGAGGAGCCGUUCUCCCUCACACCUCGCACAGAGGAGAAGUACAAAAAGAUAGACGAGGAGUUUGAUAAAAUGAUGCAGAGCUAUAGGCUUUCAUCCACAGUGCCACCGCCCACUUUCUCCAUGCCAGUCACAGUGCCGGUGUCCAGUCAGAGCCCUCUGCCAUUCAGCAAUCCCAGCAGCCUUGUCACCACUUCCUUCAUCACCUCCACUCUCUCAGACCCACGCCUGCUGUCGCCACAGCAACCGCAGCUGCAGAGGAACACGGUGUCUCCUGGCCUGCCACAGAGACCUGCCAGUGCAGGUGCUCUUCUGGGAGGUGACCUCAACAAUUCAAACGGAGCAUGCCCAAGCCCUGUGGCCAAUGGUUACGUCAGUGCCAGGGCCUCCCCAGGACUGCUCUCAGUCUCCAACGGAAACAGCCUGGGGAAAGUAGUGCCGGCUAAAUCUCCCCCUCCGCCCAGCACUCAGAUGGUGAACAGUCGUAAACCGGACCUUCGGGUCAUCACCUCCCAGGGCAGCAAGGGUCUCCUGCAGCUGACAGAUGAAGAGCUGGAGUUGGUGAGUGAGGCUUUCCAGAAUGCUCAGCGGUUAGGCGCCUCUCAAGUGGCCCAGCCUCUUACCACACCAGUGGUUUCCGUGGCAACGCCGAGCCUCCUGACUCCAUUCUCCAUGCCAACCGCCUACAACACAGAGUACCAGCUAACAAGUGCAGAUCUCACAGCCCUCCAGGCCUUUACGCCAUCGGGUGCACUGUUGCCAAGCAACAUGACCACUUGGCAACAGCAGCAGCAGCCGUCUGUAUCCCAGCAACCACAGCAGCAGCCAUCCGUAUCCCAGCAACAGCCUCAGCAGCAGCAGCAACAACAACCCCAGCAGCUAACUCUGGCCUCCCUCAGUAAUCUUGUCAUGUGGGGCUCAGACAAACAGAACGGAGAGAUGGCUCACUGCAUAUCUGGUCUGGCUGCUAAUCUCAGUGUGACAUCUCAGGGCAGCUUACUCUUGGGCAGGGAGGAAGGGAUCAGCUGGCCCUUGGGAACGAUCCCUCAUGGAGCUACUCUGACGGUUAACACUAACCCCAAUGUCAGCAUCAAAUCCGAGCCAGUGUCUCCUAACCGGGAUCGCAGCACCCCUUGUUCCACCGCCGGGGCAGUGGGUGGCAUAUCAGGCCUAACUGUGACCCAGUAUCCAGUGAAUCUGCGUUUGGAGCCCACCGGCCGCUCUCCGGUCGACAGCAUCAGCAGUAAUGGCAGCUCUUACGAGGGAAGCGACCGAGACGACGGAGGGCAGCCGCGCCAUCCUGAUUUCAACUCCGCCAGCCUGGGUCUCCUCCGAGCUUCUGGAGAGCAACCGGCUCAAGCAGAGCAGCAGGAGUCAGCCAGCGUGAAACGCAUGAGACUGGACACCUGGGUCACAUAAACGCUGAAAGAGAAAGCGAGAGAGCUGCUCUCUCACCCGCACAUACACACACACCGACACAAACACACCCCUAGUGGCACCUGCUUUCGGCAGCCAAUCUCAGUCCGCACUUAGACACAUGCAUGCGCCUGUCUCUCUGUCUAUCUCUCUCUUCCUGUCUCUCUCACUCUUGUCUCACUCUCAGACACACUCAUAUUUACUGGUGUGUGUGUAUAUAUUUAUAUCAAAUAUGCAUAUAUGAUCACACGCACUAGAUCCUCACACACACAGUUGCCAAUCCAGGUGUAAACGUGUUCACGUAUACGAGACUGAAGAGAUGUACCAGGCGGAAGGUCAUUUGGCUACGUCUCUGAUAUCCCGCCCUUGCUCAGAGAGGCCAUCUGGAUCUCAGAUCAACUUUUGCAGGCCUUACCAUUGACCCAAACAGAGUUCAGCGGCACUGCUCUGUCGAAACAGCAUAACAACAGCUUAUGUUGCAUAGACAAGCCUGUCAAUCUCUUUUUUUGUAUUGAUUUCUCUUUUGUUUUGUUUUUGUAUGAAUGGUUAAAUUUGCCAUUUAUCUUCUCGAUUGACUCUUCCUCACUUGCUUUUCCUCUUUUCUUUUUCAGCUCUUGAGCAGCUGCCUAUAGAAUCGCCCCCGUUCCUUUUGUAACAACUUUAAAGUAUGAUCUUUAUCUUUGUUUUUCUAACUGUGCAAAAACUACGCAUAGUGUGCGUGUGUGUGUGUCAGCCGUGAGACGGAGGUGCUCAUUCAUUCGAUCGCUAAACACAAUUCA